UGCGGUGAUGAUGUUUUCACUGUCGUCCACGUCUGUUGACACCUGGCCCGCUGCCUGACCUCACUGACCUGUAGACACGUGAACAUCAUGCAUUGGAGCCUCCUGUACUUUAGACUACCAGCAGUUGUCAACCUCUCCUCGUCUCAGACGCUGCUUUCCUCGGGACAUCCUGCCACUAACAGCAUUCUCACAAAGACCAUCUCUUGGUUGGACAUACAGGUGCAUUGGACUACUGGUACUCUCACAAGGGUUAUCUUGACCACCCACAUCCAUCAUCCCUUUAUUUAGUGUUGUUUAGAAGUGCUUUACUCACCCUCUUCACUGAUUUGGUCCACUACAGGCUGUCUUCUGUAUCUCCUCAUCACCUCCCAGAACUCCUUUGGUGGAUACAAUGCUGCAAUUCAUCUUAAUUAUCCUGUGGGCGUGUCCUUGUGUCCCGACGAAGGAGACAGGAAGAUGCCAAGGCGAAGCCUGCGAUGUAAGGACCUGGCACAAUGUAAACUGCACGACAGACGACGACUGCAACCAGACCCACGCCGCGUGCUUUCAACAUCUGUGUCGGUGUGAAGCUGGCUACUUCUACACAACGCCUUACGAUAUUUGCUCUGGCACUUGCAGCACAGGCGAGAUGCAGGACAGCUUUACAGAGUAUCCUGACAGCGCUCUACGACGACACUACCUUGAUCGCUUGAAUGGACUCAGUCUGGAAGACUGCAAGGACAGGUGCCUGGAUGACAAGCGUUGCCUCACCUUCGAUUUCAGAGCCCAUGGAGGUCAGUGUCGGCUUCACAAUGUCACCGCUCGCGAGUCUCCCUCACACUGGUAUCCUAAGACGAGUGAAGGCUGGACCCACUACCAGAGAUCCUGCAACUCCACUUUGGCCACACACGAUACUUGGUACAACUUACUGUGUAACACCAAAGUAGAUUGUCCAGACCCGAACAGCGAUUGUUUGUCACACAGAUGCCGAUGUCAUUCAGGAUUACACUUUAAUGAAACCGAGAAAAAGUGUGUUUUUACAAGCGAGCUAAAGACCUGGCACAAUGUAAGCUGCAGGACAGACGACGACUGCAACCAGACCCACGCCGCGUGCUAUCAACACCUGUGUCGGUGUGAAGCAGGCUACUUCUACACAACGCCUUACGAUAUUUGCUCUGGCACUUGCAGCACAGGCGAGUUGCAGGACAACUUUACAGAGUAUCCUGACAGCGCUCUACUACGACACUACCUUGCUAGCUGGGAUGGACUCAGUCUGGAAGACUGCAAGGACAGGUGCGAGGCUGACAAGCUCUGCCUCACCUUCGAUUUCAGAGUCCAUGGAGGUCAGUGUCGGCUUCAUAAUGUCACCGCUCGCGAGUCUCCCUCACACUGGUAUCCUAAGACGAGUGAAGGCUGGACCCACUACCAGAGAUCCUGCAACUCCACUUUGGCCACACACCAUACCUGGUACAACUUACUGUGUAACACAAAAGUGGAUUGUCCAGACCCACACAGCGAUUGUUUGUCACACAGAUGCCUGUGUGGUUCGAGCUUCAAGUUCAAUGAAGCAAAGAAGGAGUGUGUUGUUACAGCGCUGAGCAAGUGGCACAAUGUAAACUGCACGACAGACGACGACUGCAACCAGCCCCACGCCGCGUGCUAUCAACACCUGUGUCGGUGUGAAGCUGGCUACUUCUACACCACAAAGGAUACGUGUACUAGCACUUGCAGCACAGGCGAGUUGCAGGACAACUUUACAGAGUAUCCUGACAGCGCUCUACAUGUAUACCACCUUGAUCGCUUGGAUGGACUCACUGUGGAAGACUGCAAGGACAGGUGCCAGGAUGACAAGCGUUGCCUCACCUUCGAUUUCAGAGCCCAUGGAGGUCUGUGUCGGCUUCAUAAUGUCACCGCUCAUGAGUCUCCCUCACACUGGUCUCCUAAGACGAGUAAAGGCUGGACCCACUACCAGAGAUCCUGCAACUCCACUUUGGCGUCACACGAUACUUGGUACAACUUACUGUGUAACACAAAAGUGAAUUGUCCAGACCGAUACAGCGAUUGUUUGUCAGGACGAUGUCUCUGUCGUUCAGGCUUCAAGUUCAAUGAAACCCAGAAGAAGUGUGUUGUUACAAUGACAUGUCGAGACUGGCAAGACAAAGGAGCAAGGAGUGGUGUCUACACCGUUCAUGAAAUAUACUACUUCGACAGACCUAUGACUGUGUGGUGUGAUAUGGAGUCUGGCGGCGGCGGCUGGCUGGUCUUCCAGAGACGUCGCGACUUCACAGUUGACUUCAACCGGAGCUGGACAGAAUAUGUAAACGGUUUUGGUGACCUCUCUGGAGAUUUCUGGCUGGGCCUGUCCACGCUUCGCAAAGUGAUACGUUAUGAACAUAUGCGCUUGAGAGUGGACAUCAUAGAUGAGAGUGGACAACGUCGCUACGCUGAGUACAUGUUCUUGAUGUGGGGUGAUUUGUCUGAAAACCAACUUCGCGUGUACGACUACACGGGUGGUGACGCAGGAGAUGUGUUGCGACCUAGUCACGAUAGAGUGUUUUCAACCUAUGACCGAGACCCGACCGGCUGUGUCAGGACACGUCACAGCGCCUGGUGGUACCCGGAUGACUGUGGCAGCACUUACCUCAACAGCCCUAGUGCAAGGGGCAAUGUUUGGGGUAACUACAGCAACCUGCAGUUCUCGGAGAUGAAGCUGAAGCCAGUCGACUCAACACGUUUGUAUACACAGCGACCCCGGUGAUCUCACAGAUGAAGACGAAGCCAGACUAACACCAUCUUGUCUCCUGUACCCACUGCUGACACCGCCAGUCGACUGUUCACUGUUCACUACAGGUUCCACUGAUGAUGUGAGCUCAGUGUACAUUAAUCUUUCGCAAUAGUCUAGCAUCUGACCCUAGUGCAGACUACUGUACUUUAAUUGUUUACUUUGAGUAUAUUGCCUGGUGAUUCUAUUAUACGCGUGUUGUAUUACUUCUUUCAGCUUUGGAUGUGCUUUGAUGCACUAACAUGUUUAAAAGCGUAAAAUCUAAGUUUAAUUAAUUAAUUCAGCAUUUAAUUGUGCAAUGAACUGUCGCUAUACACCUGAUAGUCUACAGUAAACGUGUCAUGGAUUAUAUAUUAGCUAUACAGCUAAUAGUUUAUAGUAAACGUGUCAUGAACUAUAUAUUAGCUAUACAGCUAAU